UCCCGUGGUUCCGACUCAGAAAAACUUCCGAGUCACUCUCGUCAAGAUGGUGUACUUGGCCACCCAGUUCGUCAGUCUCCUCGCCCUCUUCUCGGCGGCCACGGCUUGCGAGGGCGCCUCUUGUAGGACGCGUCCGGCGCCGACCAAGGACACGGAUCUGCUCGCCAGCAAGGCUCUAGCAAACCUCGACCGUUACCAGAAGGCGACCAACCCUCAUGGGUCCUGCACAGUCGCCAAUGCCGCCCGGCGCAGGGAAUGUCUCUGUCAAACACAGGGGCACGCUGAGCAAAGGCGAGCGCAAAGACUACAUCCGGGCCGUGAAGUGCCUGAUGCAGAAGCCGGCCAAGUACAGCCCCGAUGCCGCCCCGGGAGCCAAGUCACGCUACGACGACUUCGUGGCCGUGCACAUCAACCAGACCAUGUCGAUCCACGGCACGGCCAACUUCCUGUCCUGGCACCGCUGGUUCGUCUACGCCUUUGAGCAAGCCCUGCGCAACGAGUGCGGCUACAAGGGCUUCCAGCCGUACUGGAACUGGGGCCGCUGGGCCAACGACCCGCUCAACUCGCCCAUCUUUGACGGCAGCGACACCUCCAUGAGCGGCAACGGCCUCUUCGUCCCGCACAACUGCACGCCCGGCAUCCCCAACGGCCUCAACUGCAUCCCGCCGGGCAACGGCGGCGGCUGUCUCUUCAACGGCCCCUUUGCUGACAUGUCGGUCAACCUCGGCCCUGUGUCGCCGACCCUGCAGGCGGCGGGAGUGGUCCCGGCCCCGGCGCUGCUGGCGUACAACCCCCGCUGCGUGCGCCGCGACAUCACCAACUGGGUCAGCAAGCAGUGGACGUCGGAGCAGAACACGACCGAUCUGAUUGUGCAGAGCAACGACAUCCUCACGUUUCAGAAUACCAUGCAGGGCGACUUUAACAAUGGUGUGUAUGGCGUGCACACGGGCGGGCAUUUCACCAUUGCUGGUGACCCGGGCGGCGAUCUGUUUGCCAGCCCCGGCGACCCGGCGUUCUGGCUGCACCAUGGUCAGAUUGAUAGGGUUUGGUGGAUCUGGCAGAACCAGAACCCGGCUCAGCGUACACAGGUGAUUGCGGGGACUAUUACCAUCAUGAACACCCCGCCGAGCAGGAAUGGGACGCUGGAUGAUAUUAUUGACCUUGAGGUUAAUGCUGCGCCGCUGCCGAUUAAGGAUGUUGUCUCGAGCUUGGGGAUUGGGGGCGGGCCGUUGUGCUAUAUCUAUGUGUAAUUUGCCUGUCUGUAAUACGGUUGCGGUUGGGGAAGAUAAAAUAGACACAUCUGGGUCUAGGGGAUCAGUCCUGUCAUCGGUCACCUCAGACAUUCAUUCCAAGUCCUUUCAUUGUGGUUCGUAGUACAUACACUUACAUAUACGCCUACAUAUACACUCACAUAUACACUUACAUAUACACUUACAUAUACACUUACAUAUACACUUACAUAUACACUUACAUAUACUAGUAGAUGAACUAGAAUAUCCUUAGAUCUUGCACUCUAAUACAUAUACUUUAUCAUCGUUACCU